CGGCAACUAAUAUUUUUUUUAUUAUCAAUAAUCAGGCACAAUCUAAAACAAGUGACGAAAGAAUUUUUUAUUAAAUUCUACAUUUCUUUGGGAAGUUUUACAUAAAAAGUACAACAAAACGACUUCCAUAAAGCAUUUUGUAGGUGGUAUUUAUAAAAUAUCACAACGUCAAGUACAUUUGACCGCAUUACAACGCACACAACAGAAGUUGAUCAAUAGCAAAACCAUGGUAGUACAACACAACGUUAAAGGUUACGAAGAAUUCACAAAAUUGGUAGAAGAAUUAGAAGGUUCUGGUCAACCCAUCCAUGUCUUGUUUUCGGGAGGUAAAAAUGAGAAUGGUGAGAGUUGGUGUCCCUAUUGUGUAAAAGCUGAGCCGGUCAUUCACAAUGCUUUGGAAAAGGCUCCAGAAAAAUCACAUUUUGUUCAUGUAGAUGUGGGGGAACGUGCUUAUUGGAAAGACUUGAAUUGCCCCUUCCGCAAAGAUCCCAACACACAUUUGGUUUUCUUGCCCACUUUACUGCGUUGGAAAUCUCCCCAACGUUUGGAUGGUGAACGUUGUUCCAACAAGGAUUUGGUAGAAAUGAUGUUUGAAGAUGAGGACUAAAGUUUUUCUCCCUCCCCAAUAAAAAAAAUGUAUUAAAACAAACAGCUAAUUAAAUUUUUAAUUUGUGUUAAUACUUAAAUUA